AUGGCGAAAUCCCCGUUCGACUCUCUAGACCCGGCUGUCCGCCUCCCUCCACGCCAUUCGCGAUCUCCACGCUCGCCCUCACGCUCCCCGGAACGGAGAGCGCAGUUCCUCUCUCACCAGCUCGAUCCUCUACUCUCAGACCUUUCUCCAGAGAUGACGCUGCAAGUCCUCUCUGCUACCGACGCUAUCCCAAUACAUAAAAACACUCCACAUAGCCUUUUGGCUAAGAGUAUAUCUGAUGUCUCAACCGUGGAUCGUGCAUUCGGCAUAAGAGCCGCAGUCGCCGCGCAGAAACUCAAUGAGUGGCAUACUGAGGUCCUCUCCUGGCUUUGGCCGGAUCCCGCUCGUGAUCCGAAUGCAAGAAAUGGGUUUCUUCCGCCGAAAGAGCUUGAGAAGAGCUCCAAUACGAGUUGUGAUGAGGCUCAGACCGGAAAUUCUGCCAUACCAGGGACUGAGCGGGAAAUAUACUUUGGAAGCUUGCCUGCAAGCAUCUUGAAACUAUAUCAAACCCGGAUCAAGGAAAUAAAGGACGGCAUGGAAGCUCUGGAUGUGGAAGAGUUGAAGGAGCAUGUUUUAACAGCUCAUAUUCCUUCACGAUCCCGUCCGCCUUCUGCUGCUAGCACCAUGUCCACAAGCUCCGGUCUAGCUAGCUAUUUGAAGAUGAGUGAUUUCACCGCAGUCAUAACGGCUACCAUUCUACGGGCCCUACCCGUGCUAUCAAGAUUGAACAAUCUGCUUAGCAACUGGCACGCUCGACUCCUUGUUCUUAAUCAUGUUCCAGGGCUGGUCUUGGACCUUCAGGAGACCAAACGGGCUAUUGCCAAUGCACUUAACCGCUUGCAAAAUGGCCUACUUCCUAAGCUUGAUGAUCCCCUAUUUUCCAGAGAAUGUUUCAGGUCCAGCUGGAGAGAGCUGCAGGCCAUGGUCUCAUCUCUCGGUCGCCGGAUUGAUAGCAUGCUUGAUAUCCUCGAAGGGAGAGAAGACUCCCUACCCGAGAUUUGGAUCGAUGACAUGGAAGCCAUUGAGUCAAGAAUUGCCAGCUGGGCAUUUGAGGCUGAACGAAGAGCAGUGCAAAAUGAGUUGAAAUGUCUAUAUCAGCGCGAACUUGACCAGUAUUUGGCGCAAAAGUCUUCAGAGGAAUCAGUGCCAGAUGUCUCACACACCCCACAAAAGAGCUCCGAUGAUGUAGCUGAACCAUUAGUCCAACACAGUGAGGCAACGGUCAAACAUCACACUGCCAGCCCUAGCACAGGGCCUGAUUCUCACUUUACUCCUUUGACGCCACAGCCCUUACUACCGGCUAUCAGGGAAAAUCACACUGGUGAAUCACGGACAAUUACAUCUUCGAUUGCCGACUCGUCCGAUGGAUAUUCUCCCGAAAAUUCUUCUUCUAAAUCCCAAGAUCCUGUGAAAAAACUAGGAAUUACUUCCUGUUCUACUCCGAAUAAUGGUCGGGCUACUGCUGUUACCAAAAAUAUUCAAGAUUAUGACACCCCGAACUUUGAGUCUCCACGCGUUCCCAAUCAAGCAAUAUACGAUGGUACUCAGGGUGAAGAUUUCACGACUAGGCCGGUCUCCCGCCUUGAUUUCAACGCCAUUGACAGCCCAAGUUCGGACAACUACAGUGACAUGUCGCCUGAUAACUCACCAGCUCCCCUGACGCCCUUGGCCAACAUGCGUAAAAGGUCCAGUAAGCGCGAGAGCAACGUCCCGUCUAGGUUACAACUAAUUCCGUCUGGCUCGGAUGCAACCGUCAAGCAGAACGAUGUGGCUGGUCCUGUCGACUCCCCUGAUGCUUCAAGCUUCAUCCCUGACAGAGAAGACUUGGAAUUUAACGUCGCCCAACCCCUGAGUUCUCCAGCGACUCCAGCCCAGUUCUCAUCAUCGCCUGGCCUAAGCUCCAGCGGUUCGGUAAUACACCAUACUCCAGAAGUAACGAAAAGCUCCACAUCUCGUCCCACAAGUAGCGCAUCGCCUUCUCCGGACAUUCAGACCCCACCAUCCCUUCGAUCAUUUGGCAGAACUAUGAGUUUACCCCUAGCACGUUAUAUCAAUGAUGAGGCUGCCUCCUUGUACGGACAGCAUGGAGCCUACCACCCGAAUGGCAAAUCACAAAUAAGCACAGCAUCGAUCGGAUCGGCUGAUAUAUCACCAAGAGGACAGGAAAAAUUAAAUCUUGGCCGUCUAUCAAAUUUUACGCGGUUAUCACAUUUGCGCCGCAGUGCAAGCUCUGAACCAUUAUAUCUCGAGAAGUCGUCACUCUCUACAGACUCUGCUGAUACAAAUUUUUCAUCCACCCCCCUAAAACCCCUCGACCUUCCCUCUAGGUUGAGCCCAUUCCUUCAUUCCUCAUCUCCAGAAGUAGAUAACACAUUCCCCCCGAUGCCGAUUCUUUAG